ACAGAGCUCUCGCAGAGUGUAAAAUAAGAGACAGAAACAGAACAAGCGCGAGCUAAGACCAGCAACGCAAUAAAAUAGCAUCACAGAAGAGGAGAAGAGAAGAGACCUGGAAACAGAGAAAGAGGCAAAAGCAAGAGAAAAUGACCCCCAUUUUCAGCGCUGCUUCUGCAAUUUGGUAUUAAUUUGGGGGACGCAACACCAUUUCCAGCAGAGCACAGCUUUCUCUCACUUCCGACGCCAUAAAACCCAACCUCACCACUCCCACACUCCCACUCUCUCUCUCUCUCUCUGGUACAACCGCACCGCCCCCAACACUACCUUUCUUCCCAUUUCUGAAUUUCAUCUCUCUCUCUCUGUGUUGCAUCCAUCAUUUGUAACCACCACGCAAAUCAAUCUCUCUCUCCCCACGUCACUCCAACCAUUCUUCUUCUUCCUAUGAGACUUCCUUUCUUCUCCAGUCACUGUUCUCACCAUUGCUCCUCCGUUCAAUUUCACCAUUCAUCUCUUACCCUGCUUGCUUCCUCUACCAGAAGAAACCGCUGUCCGAGCAUGGACGCUGCUCCAGUCGGAAACCGCCGGAAAGAGAAGGUGAUUGUCAUAAUGGGCGCCACCGGUGCCGGGAAAUCCCGACUCUCCAUUGACCUCGCGACCCGUUUCCCCUUCUCGGAAAUCAUUAACUCCGAUAAAAUGCAAGUUUACAGGGGCCUCGACAUCACCACCAACAAGAUCCCCAUUGACAAGCGAAACGGCGUCCCUCACCAUCUCCUAGGAGAAGUGGACCCGGAAAUCGGGGAGUUCACGCCUUUGGAUUUUCGCUUCCACGCCGGCUCUGUCAUCUCCGACAUUACUUCCAGGAGGAAGCUUCCCAUCGUUGUUGGCGGGUCUAACUCGUUCGUUCAGUCUCUGCUCGCCGACCGAUUUGACCCCGAGGUAAAUGUAUUCGAUGAGUCAUCGUCGUCGAGUUUGAUCUCGUCGGAGUUGAGGUACGAGUGCUGCUUCUUGUGGGUGGAUGUAUCAUUUCCUGUUUUGUCGGAUUACGCAAGGAAGCGAGUCGACGACAUGCUCAACUUGGGAAUGGUGGAAGAGUUAGCCAAGUCGUUCGACCCGGACGCGGGCGAUUUAGAGGAAGACUCGGAGAACCGGAUUGGAUUGAGAAAAGCCAUCGGCGUGCCGGAGUUCGACUGGUAUUUCAAGAGAUACCCGCCGCCGGGAGGGCUGAGAGCAGAGUGUAGAAGCGAAGAGGAUCGAGUACGGAAGGGUGCAUACGAAGAGGCGGUGAGAGCGAUAAAGGAGAACACGUGUGAGCUAGUGAAGAAACAGAUGGGGAAAAUCUUGCUGCUAAAAGAGGCGGGGUGGGACCUACGGAGGCUGGACGGGACCGAGGCGUUCAGGGCGGCGUUGGGAAAGAGAGGCGGCGGAUACGGCGGCGAGAGGUGGUCGGAUAUUUGGGAGAGGGAAGUAGAGGAGCCAAGCGUGAAGAUUGUGAAUAGCUUCUUGCGGGAGUAGGUCUUCCAGCCAAAUCCAGCUACUCUCCAACUUCAAAUUUUUAAUUUCUAUUUCUUUAUGUCUCUCUAUAAUUUGUGGGAAAAAAAAAACUGAUAAUUUUUAGGGAAAAAACGAAAAAGAGAAAAUUUAAAUUUGGAGAUUGCAAAGCAAACCUUGGUUCGCAAGGCCGCGAUGUUAAUGGAUGACCAAUUUUGGGGUUUUGGAAUGCUAAAGAAAGCAUUUUUACUCCUUUUUUUUUUUCAAAAUAAAAAUGAAAAGAGAGAGAGAAGACGAUGCACCAAAUGUUAAGGCAUUAGAGUGCAUUAUAAUAUACUUUUGUAGUAAUAUUAGAGUUUAUAAUUUUGUUUUUGGUGUAUUUAGGUUUUUAGUGCCACCUCCGUAUAUGCUAUUG